AUGACGGUGGCACGGGCGUUUGAGAAGUUCCACAACAGCACCCUCUCCCGCCGUUACGUAUGAACUGCAAAAGUAUCGUACUCGUACUAAUUGCAGUUACGCAUUACAAAUCUAGUUGUUAAGGCAAAUCAGCAUUACAAAUCUAAUUUGUAAUGCUGAGCUAAUUUGUAUUGCGAUUUAUACUAGUACGAUACUUUUGCACAGGAUAUUACGCGGCCCGGGACGACAUUCAGCCCAUUUACGCAACGGGGUUGACCGCCAUCGUUCUGCACGGAACCAGCAACGCGAACGUAUUUAAGUGAAAAAUACCCCCUCCCCAUAUCGAAAACGAAAUUUGUGAUGCUGUAUUUGAGUACACAAGUCGACUUGUAAUGCUAGAAGGCCAAGAGACGCAGCUGUGGCCUCGUUUGCAGGCAAUUUGUCAUGCUGUUCCCCACUUCCAGCUGCCCCCUGUCAUGCUGAAGAUGCAAGGCUUUCCCACGCCAACCAGCACUAGAGUCCGCAUCUUUUCCCUUCUAGCAUGACAGAGCUGAUUUGUGACCACAAAUCUGCAUCACAAAUUUCUAGGUUGAGUAUGGGGUGGGGGGAUUUUUCAUUUUGAUAGAACGCCACGGAUUCGAACUCCUCGGUGUACUCCGGGGACGAGCAAGUCGCCAUAAAAAUCGUCGACAAGGAAAAGAUUCUAACCACGUUAUUGUGAGGAAAAAUCUCUCCUUCCCGUAUCGAAAAGGAGAUCUGUGAUGCUAAUUUGUGACCACGAAUAAGCUUUGUCUUGCGUACAAGGCAAACGGCACCCAUGUGGCGCAUUGUGCAGCGAGUCUGUCGUGCGUUUUCGCCUAUGUGCGACUUGUUUCCCAUGCUCAGCUGCUAGCCAGCUGCGGACCCGAAUGGGCUUAGAAUAUGCCUACAAGCUCUUGCUGCAAUACAAAACUCAUUCGUGUACACAAAUCCAGCAACACAAAUUGUCUUUUGAAUAUGGGGUGGGGGCUUUUUUCACUUUGAUAAGCGUCCGGCUCCUCGGCGAGCGAGCUUCCGCGGGCCCAGUUCGAGGUAUCAAAUGCAAAAAUGUCUGGGUCUGGAAUGUUGUAACUUGUGAUGCUAACAACUGUGGACUCUUCUAAAAAAAUCUGUAUUGCAUGACCAGCAAGAGGAGUCUAGUUUGUGCUACGCGGGGAGGGCAUUUGUCAUGCGGAGUAGGCAUCAGGAAGCCCUCUAAAAAUCUGUGAUGCUAGGCCGUGCAUUACGGACAUCCUGGGUCAUGCAAAAUAUGCAUGACAAACCCGGCAACAUUCCAGACCCAGACACUUUUGCAAUCCAUACGAGGCCAAGUUGCACGAAUCCCUCCCCUGGCACCCGCACAUCGUCCCGCUCUUAGCGAUAUCAAAUGUAAAAAUGUCUGGGUCUGGAAGAGUCAUGCUGUUUCUGCAUGGCACAGAAGGUCUGGCGUGGAAGCUCUAGCAUCACAGGUUUCGAGAAGCUUCCGCAAUGCCGAAUCCGCAUGACAAAUCCCCCACUUUCGUGACAGAAAGUGAGCAGGGUUUUGCUGCCUAUGCAUCAGAGAUUUUUGUGUGUUCUGAAAUGCGCAUCACAAGUUACAUCCUUCCAGACCCAGACACUUUUGCAUUUGAUAAGCGAUGGAAGAAACGCAGGCCGCGGUGAUUUUGAUAACCCCCUACCUGCCGUCGGGAGACUUGUGGGACAAGAUACGGUAUGGCGACACCAUACUGGAAUCGGAAGGGAGAAAUUUCUUAGCGCAGGUCCUCCGUGCGCUGGACGUGUUCCACAGUAAGAUCAUUCGCUUGUGCUUUAUCAGUUUCGUUCUUUGUUUCGUAUGCGUGUUUUGUUCGCAUGAGAAAUUAUUUGCUGUUGCUUUGAUUACAUGUACUACAACUUCUCGUGCAUUCUUUGCAUUCUUGCACGACAACGAUAAGUACAACUACAACGAAAAUCGACGUAAUUAUAAACAUUGCAGAUCAACUCUCGCUCAUUCACGGCGACAUGAAGCCCCACAACCUUUUGCUUCGUGAAGACCAUGGGAAAUUUAUCGUCCAGCUGUGCGACUUUGGUCUGACCGAAAAAGUGGAUUUGAUAUGAACUGCAAAAGUAUCGUACUCGUAUAAAUGCAUUACAAAUGUCCGCAGCAUGAGAGAUAAAAUCUGUAAUGCGGAUUUACAGUAAGAAAAGAUUUGUAAUGCAUGAUUGCAAUACGAGUACGAUACGUUUAUACAGGAUAUUUGAACCCGCGCACGAAGAAGUUUCAAAUUCCCUUCACCGGGCUGCGUGGGACAUCCGGGUAUUUCGCGCCGGAAAUGAUAGACCAGUGUGACUACGGCUUCGCGAUCGACGUCUUCGCGCUGGGGGUCAUUCUCUUCCGCAUGCUCGCCGGGUAUGAGCCGUUUUACCCGCCCACGAACUUCGCAGACGGCCCGCUGUUUGACGAAAACUAUUGGGGUCACAUUUCCGCGCCGUGCAGGGACUUGGUGAAUCGGUACAAUGCACCUUGAAUGAUUUACCCAACUGACGGGGUUAAUUGAUAAUUCUUUGUCAUGCAGAGCUGCUGUUGCUUUUGCAUUUGCCUUACAAAAGCUGAAGUGUUGAUGCUCGUUUUGAUGCACAAAAACAAGAAACCAUGCACAAAACAGAAUGCUCGCAGUCGAUCCGGAUGCGCGAAUAUCGGUGGCGCACGCCCUCGCCCACCCCUGGAUUGUCGAGCAGCCGGAGACGAAGCCCGUAUCAAUAGGAUUCGGAGCUCCGCCAAACGAAGCGCUGAAAUUCCACGACCCCGUGAUGCUGGGUCAUGACUUUCAGCCAGUGCGGAGGUGAUAGAUCAUGCUGGUGAAGGCGGCUACUUCCUGGUACUAGCGGCACUGAGAUUUGUUCCGGCUCCGUCUUUCUGAUUCGUACACUAGAUCGUCGGCACGCGAUGAAAAUGUUGACCACUUUACGCAGCAUUUUUUGAAAUUGUUUUGGAAAUUUUGAAGCUAGUAAUUAAGAACAGACGACCUCAUGUAGAUGAACAUAUUGUGCGACCUCCAACUGUUGCUUCUUGCUUGUUAUGCCGCUGCGAGUAAGAGCCCAGUGUUAGUCAAUACCUGUGCCUGUGCGCCUGCACGUAAUAUUAUAAUCCAUCUGUGGUUGUAACUAGAUUCAAUUUCAGGCAUCGAGGAGCUGCCCUGGAAUGAUCUAGGACAAGCAGCAGGUGGAAGAUCUUCCGGAGGACGACCGCCUUGGCUCAGUUUUCCAAUCAGUUUUCUGGAAGUUGCAAUCAAGAAAAGAAU